CCAGAUUAUUGCACAAAGUGUCCGUCAGAUAAUGAUAUAAUUAUUGCACAGCAUCAUAAUUAUUGCACAGAGUGAUCAGCAUAUGUUAUUGCACAUGUCCAUAACAUAACAGUAGAUUUACAGGCUUUGACUCAGGACAGAAGGGUGAUGCCCCAUUGUGCACAAAACAGGUAUAAAUAACUGCAUUUUUUGAUCAAAUCUCAUGUGACCUCGUCUGCAUAUCAACCCACAUGAUGUAGUGAUCCAAAGGCACCAUUUUCAGUCCUGCCAACUCUUCCUUUGGCGCUAAUAGUACCGCUGUGCGCGCGGACAGUUCACCUCCCACCUGGUGCUCACCGAGUCGCGAGCUGUUUGACCGUUUCCAGGGCAACCUACUGACUUUCCUUCCUGUCAAUCAAGACUCCACACUGCAGCUGUGAGCUUCAGCAUGGAAGAGUUCAGCAUCGAUUUAAAGUCUCCACGGUUUCCCCUGAAACAAUAGGACAUGGCUGACAGAGGCCAUGAUGGAGCAGGCAGAGAAGCAGAGGACACAGAUGAGCUUCUUUACACAGAUCUCAAUGACAACAGCAGUGUGUCUGGACUGGACUCUCCUCCUCGCAAACUGGACCACUGUGACCUUCUCCUAGAUGCCCUUGAUGCUCAGCUUGGUCAACUGCAGGUCCAGCCCCAGAAACGGCAGGCAAUUUCCAGAGAGCGUGAUUGCAAUGAUGCAGCUCCUCUCAAGUGGAGUCAAUCUUUGAGCAAAGACACAGGGCUUGGGAGUACAACUCAAACAAAUGACACUCCCAUGUCGUGUCUUGAUUUCAUACACACUACGAUGAUAGAGCAAACAUCAGAGAGGAGCAGAGGAUGCCGUGAAGGUCCUGUCACUCAUGAGGGAACUAAACUGAAAUUAGACAGAAGGACAAGAGACAAAGAGGAAUUAGAGUCUCAGAGGGAGCAGGUCAUCUGGAGGCUCGAGAGGCUUCUUGGAGACACCUGUAACGAUGAAAGGAUGGCAGGAGAAACUCACCCUCCAUCAGACAGCAUCUGCACUGAGGAUUUUGUCAGAUGCUUCAGAGACGAGAUGGUCGAAUUGGCAUUGCCAGCGAGUAAUAUGCAGCAACUAGACAAAGAGGAAGUGGACGAGAGGACAGAGAUAUCUGACUGUGACUCUUUCCAGAGUAAACAAAAAGAACACAGUAUUAUUAAUGUCGACGGAAGAGGAGCAGCAACGACUGGGAAAAGCAGUGAAGACACACAGACAGCUCAUUAUUGUCAAAGAAAGCAACUGGAGAAAUAUCUUUAUGACAGCCAUGGAGUAAAUACAUCAUGCAGUGAGAAAGCAGGAGCUGGAGAGAGAUACAACACACCACAGAAGCUUGGUGAUGAUAGCAGCAUCUUGCACAGAACAGAGGUUGUAACAGAACAUGAAACCCUGCGGCAGAUCAACAGCCGUUCUCCUACGGCCAGGUGCUUGGCAGGAGUACCUGUUUGGAGUUUUGACACCGUGUCCAUUGACAGUGACCUUGACUCAGUCUGCACAGAGCAAGUCAGGCAGCAUAUUCACAGACGACCAGGAUGGCUCUCUCUCAUUGAGUCUGUCACAGGCAUGGAUGACUACUGUACGAACCACAGCGACUAUGACACCCCCACACAGGAAGAAAGUGAACCUAGAUCUACAUCAGGCCAAAGAUCCUCUAAUGGAAAUGUACACAACAGAAGUCCUUCUGUCCGUAAAGCACAGCGUAAGAAGAGAGAAACUUACAGACGUGUGUGUUCUUUGGGUGACAAUGACAAGGACACAGAUGAGGAAAUGAAUCACUGGAGCAGGAGAUGCAGAGAGAAGACAUCCGAGAAGAUGCAGUCUGAUUGGGCCAAGAUGAAAGAGUGGCUCUCUACACUCCGACAAAAAUGUGAGAAAGAGGAGAAGACACUACAGAAGAAGAAGACUCAGUUAAAAGAUGUUGAGCUCUCCCUCUCUGAACUUCAACACAGACGAAAGCAUGCCUUGCAGGAAUUAGAGCGACUGACUGUAGAGACAGCAAAGAUGGAGAAGGAGAAGAGGACUCUGGAGUUCGUUCUGAGAGACAGCAGGGCAGAGAAAGACUCUAUUAGUUGCCAGCUGCAUGAGCUGCGGAGGCAGAGAGAGUCCUCUGUCCUCGAGGUAAGAGACAUGGAAGAAGAACUCUCAACCCCGAGUCAUUGUAAACAGACUCUAAAGGAUGGAGCCUUCAUGGAGAGGCCCAGUGUCGUAGUGUCCGUGCUGGAGAGGGAUGAGAUGGAGAGACAGCUGGAUAAUGCCAAAACAGAACUGUUUGCUGAACAGCGACGUGCAAGAGAGAAGCUGGAGUCCAUGCAAGAGAAGUUGGAGGAGACCCGUGAAGAGCUCCAGAGGGUCACGGAGGCAGAAAGCUUCCUGAGGAACAGGUGUGCUUCUCUGGAGGAGAAACAGAGGAAGAAAAAGGAUCAGAUCGAGGCAGUAGAGUUUCACAUAGGCAAGCUGCAGGGUGAACUGGGAGAAUGCCAGAUCAGAGUGGGCACUCAGGAGAAGAUGUUGGCCCAGAAGGAGCUGCAGCUGCUAGAUUUACAGGAGCAACGUGGGGCCUUACAAGCAGAAAGAGAUGGACUGAAGGGGGAGCUACAACACCUGAAAACCAAGCAUUGCAAUGCACUGAAAGAGGCCCACGAGCAAGCUCAAAGAAAGACGGAGGCCACAUUGAAGCAGCAAAAGAAAGAAUUGGCUUUGGCUCAUGAGCAGCAAAUCCAAAAGGUUAAUAAGCAGACUGAAGAGGAGAAGUUAAAUGCUUUGAAAGAACAAGCUCUGUCUCUCACACGACACACUGAGUCCUUGAAAAGUUCCCUUCAGCUAAAGGAGGAAGAGGCAAAGAAGCUGAGGGCUUCUCUGGAGCAGCAGCAGCAGGAGGCAAAGCACCGUGAAGAGGAGCUGCAUUUAGAAGCUUUGGAAAAGGUGCACAAAGCAAUAGAGGACGAGAGGAGGAAGUGGGAGGCAGAAAAAGUGGAAGCAGUGCAGGUGCACUGUGGGAUACUGGAAGAGCAGAAUAGAAAGAGCCUGGAAAGCAUGAGGAGUGAGAUGCAGCGGGAGAAGAGUAAAGCACUGGCUCUUCAGCAUAAAGUGGUGGAACUAAAAACUAGAGUGCAGGAGAUGGAGAGUGAAAGCUGUGCACAGCAGAGAGAGCAGGAGUCUUUGCUGGCUGUUAUUUGUAAAUCGCUGAAAGAGGAGCACCAGACCGAGCUGCAGAAGUUGCAGAGACGGAUGGCACAGGAGAGUCAGAGGGCAGUGCUGCGGCUCAAGCAGGCUGUUCAGCUGGCACAGAAAGAGGCCGAGGGGCUCCGGGUGAUGUCGGAGGAAAGCGAGAGCAGCCAUAACCGAAUCACAGCUGAGCUGGAACAGCGGCUCAGGCAGUGGGCCCAGCAGCUGGGAGCAGAGUGCCAUCAUCUACACCUCUUAGUGGAGCAGAGUGGAGCCAAACUAAGUUCUGUGCAACUACCUCACAGUCCUUCAGCAGCCGAGGCUGUUACAAACCUGGCAACACUAAGAGAGCAGAUAAAGCACUUGGUCAACCAUCUACAGGAGGAGCUUGAGUCACAGAAACAAACCACUGAGCAGCUGAGAAAAGACAAGGAGCGAGAGUUGAGCAUCCAGAGGCAACAGCUGAGGAUGGACAGAGACCAAGCCUUGGAUUCUCUAAAGGAGCGUCUCAUUAAGGAGCACAUUGAGGAGUUAAGCAGUCUGAACUGGCCUCAUGUGUGUGAUGGAGGAGCUGAGGGAGGAGGAGCGGCAGCAUCGCUACGCAAACAGCUGAAGGCCAAAGACCUGGAGCUCAGACAGGUUCAGAGGAGCAUGGGUCAGUGGAAGGAACAGACUGCAGCUCGUCUGGCAUGCAAGUUCGAAGAAGAGUUAACAGCUGAAAUGGAAAGAAAACCAUCUAAGUCUCGAGAGGAGAGGCAGAGGAAGCCUGAGAGGCCUGAAGGAGAGAGGACGCUUAGUUCAAAGGAAGCUCAGCAUUCAGUUUGCUCUCCCUCCCUCCAUGUUGUGGACUCUGCUGCCUCCCACAGUCCCUCAGACGUGGCUUCAUUUAAGCUUCUCCGUUACCUCCAGAGCAGAGUCAAGCAGCUCCGUGUAGAAAACCAAACCUACACCUGGAGCCCGUCGCCUGCUAACACAAUCCCUUUAGAUUUAUCAGGAUCCUAUCUUUCAACAAUCACUCAAGGUCAAGACGUUGCUGGGAUUCACUCAUCAAUCAGGACAGUCUCAAAUUAAGAACAUGAAACGUGUGUGUGUGUGUGUGUGUGUGUGUGUGUGUGUGUGUGUGUGUGUGUGUGUGUGUGUGUGUGUGUGUGUGUGUUACACACACCAGUGAUACCAUGUAAUGCAUUCCAGGCUAUUUUUUCUGGCCACAGAAAUUAAUCAUUUACUGUUACAUGUGCUGAAGAUUGCAGAUUUCUAAGCAGGUCACAGUGACAAAUGACACAACUAAAGAUUUGGUCAUUAAGUUCACAUUCCUCUGUGUUAAGGCAGUCAAGUUUUAUGGCUUAAGGUUACAAUGAACUCUGAAUGAGUGAUGAACUGACAUUUAACAGAAAGAUCAUGUGAGUUACGUCAGAGAACCUCAUAAAGCUGACAGGUCUUUGUGGGAGUCCUUUGUAUAGUCAUAAAUUGUACAAUAAAAAUGUUGGGUGGAU